AUGGCGAAUUCGGAGCCUUCCAAAACUCCGCCUCCGAGUUUAUCGGAAUCUCCAAAUUCCAACGAAUUCCCUCCGAAAACAGUUCGAGUUAACAAAAACCUAUAUAAAAAGAAUACUUCUGAAACUGGUUUUGGGAGGAAAAUCGGAGAAAAUGAGCAGCGGGUCUUGGAUCAAUGGAUAGAGUCGGAGGGGCUCAACGGGUCCUAUAAUGAUAGAGAAGAAUGGGAUUCAAAGGAAAAGGUCGAUAGUGACGCCCAAAAGCCUCAGAUUCUGGACAAUGAAGAUGUCGCCGUUGCUAACUUUAUCAUUGGAAUCGAAGAGGAGCGGGCCAUCAAGGAAUGGAUAAAAUCGGAGGGGCUCAACGAACCCCAUAGUGAUAUAGAAGAGUUCGAUAUGUUAUUAAGCCUAGCCAGAGAUCAUGAGAAGAAUCAUGAUCUUCUGAUGGAGUUACUAAAGCCCAAGGAUCUUAUCUCCCAGGAAAAGGAUGUUUGGAAAAAGUUUUCUCCAAAGGUGUUUAAAAUGCCGCAAAAACCUGAUUCCGUAGAGCCUGAGUUGUGGAAACCCCCACCCAACGAAAAGGUUUCCGUUGAAAAUAUUCCAGAAAAGGAACCACAGAAAGCAACUGAAUUCAAUCAAUGCAGUGAAACCAUUUUCCAACAACUGCAACUCCUCAUAUAUGAAGACAGUUCCAACAAUCCAACUGCUGCAGAACCAGAGGGCAUUGACUUCGAAACCGAGAUCAGCAAGGAGCAGAACAGCUUCACAGUUCGCCUCGAGGACUUCGAGUACAUCAUUGACCAAAACAUGACGGAGUUCAGGGACCCCCAAGCUAAGAGACUCCGCUCAAAGUGGAACCAGCAGUUUGGAUCAAAGUCGCUGGAGAAUUUGAGGCGAUGUCUUCUGCUUCCGCCUCUGUCAGAUCACUUGGACCAGUGCCUCCAGAGGAUUAGAAUCCUAAGGCGUCCCAACAAGCGCAAGGUCGAGGAAUUGCGCAUGCGCGUCGAAAUGAAUUUUUGCAAAAUGUAUUGCACACUGAGUAUUAAUAUGAACUUGAAUCUGCAACAUACGGUUAGGAACCUAAGGAACGCCGUUUACAAUGACGACAUCGAUGUGAUCCAAAUUCGGUAUGAUCCAGAUAGCCUGGAUUUGGUCCGAUGGCAGUGUUUUGAUAUUCAAUGGAAGAGGCCAUGA